UGUUUUGUCUAGAGUUAAAAUUCGUCGUGUAUAUUUCCGGUGCUACAUUUAAACUCCACGAAGAAGAAAUGUGUUGAACCUCGUGAAGCGGGAAGUGACAUCUCUGCAAUGGACUGGGAUCAGAGUCAGCUGUUGUCUCCAGUGGUUCGGGAUGACGAGGUUACUAUCGCUGCCCGUCGAAGGAGGAAGAAGGUGGCAUUCCCGUCACCUGGCACAGGGAGUCCUGUUGUUUCCAUGGUAACACCGGCCCGCCCCCCGAAGAACACACCCGCCUCCCUCUUCAGACAAGCUGUAACUCCCAGGAUUCCGGAUGUGUCUGCUAUCUUGGCUCCAGCAGGCCGAACACCUCGCUACACGCACACACUUAGAAACACGCUGAGCAGUGUGGAUUUGGAUGACAGCGAUUGGACCAACAGCAUGUACAUAUCCCCCGUUACGGGUUUGGAAAACACCAGCUUCUUCACGCAAGAUAUUACCAACCUCAGCUCUGCCUUGUUGAAGGAAGAUGACCCCGGAGAGGAAGCGGCCACCGGUCUAUUCCCAGAUUUCCUUGCGUCCUUUCUGAAACACUCCUCCUCUGCUGUGUUUGAGCUGCUGGAGGAUUACCAGACACUGUGCCUGGACAAGGUGGAAAUGCUCCAGUCAGUGGUGCUGCGAGCAGGACAGAACAGUAAGACGGCAGUCGUCCACUGGCUGCUGCAACAGGAGUACUGCUCCUGGAGACUCAUCACUUCCCUCUACAAGGAUAGAGUCCAGUUGGCGAUGGAAGAUGACAUGAUGGUAGACAUGGCCAGUCCCAGUGAAAGUGAGAAGGUGGUGGUGGAGCGGCUGUUCCAUCACGAUGCUGUCAUACGUCAGAGUCAGUUGGUCGUUGAUUGGCUGGAAAGCAUCGCCAAGGAUCAGAUUGGAGCCUUUUCGGACAAUAUUGAAUUUUACGCCAAAAAUGUCUGCUGGGAGAACACCCAGCAUGCACUGAAGCUGAGGAGGGAGCGGGGCACUUCCUUCACUGUCCCUCUGGUCACUGAGCUGGACCCGGACGCUCCACUCCGACAGCAGCGACCCCUGGCCGACCUGGACCGAGAGGAUGAUGCCCGUCUGCUGAAGAACCUGUUCACUCUUAUCCGAGCCGGGAUGACUGAAGAGGCUCAGAGGCUGUGCACACGCUGUGGACAGGCCUGGAGAGCAUCCACUUUGGAGGGCUGGAAGCUCUACCACGAUCCUAACAUGACCUCUGGCAGCAUUGAGUUACAACCUGUUGAAGGAAACCCUCAAAGAGGUAUCUGGAAGGUCUGCUGUUGGAGGAUGGCUGAGGAGGAGCAGUUUAACAGAUAUGAGAGAGCCGUCUAUGCCAGCCUAAGUGGAAACCUUAAACCAUUGCUGGCGGUGUGUGAAUCCUGGGAGGACUCUGUGUGGGCCUACUUCAGAGUGAUGGUGGACUCACUGGUUGAAAAGCAUCUGAUGUCAUCGGGUAUGUUCCACCAGGAAUUGGAGACAAUGCCGCGGGAAUACCUGGAAGCCAAUUGGACUAUGGAAAAGGUGUUUGAGGAGCUUCAAGCUUCAGAGUCAAAGAGGGUGCUGGAGGAGACACGAGAGCACUACCAUGUCAUCCAGAAGUUUGUCAUCUUGGGAGACCUAGAUGGUCUUCUGGAGGAGUUUUCUGAUUGGCUGACGGCCUCUAAGCCUCUCCCCUCUCACCUGCUGCGCUUCAUGGCUCAUCUGCUGAUGUUUUUCCGCUCUCUGGGUUUAGCCCUGAAGGAGGACGUGUGUUUGGAUGUGCUGAAGGCGUACAUUGCCCUCCUAAUUCGGGAUCAGCAAACAGAACUCGUGGCGAGCUACGUCAGCCAGCUCCCAGUCGAACUUGCCACAGCUCAGUACGCUGCCUUCUUGGAGACCGUCACCGAGCCGGAGCUCCGCCCCCGCUGCCUGCAGCUCGCCACAGAGGCUGGUCUGGAUGUGGCUGCUGUCACCAAACUAGUGGUGGAGACUGUAAGAGAGAACGACGACACCGAGUUCAUGCACCACAGCCAGACUCUGAAGACUGGAACCACAAAGGAGGACCAAAAGAGGAUCGAUGUCAUCGAUUGGCUUUUGUUUGACGCCGCCCAUCGAGCUGAAGCCCUCAAGCAGUCCAAUGCCAUCAUGAGGAGGUUUCUGGCUUUGGAGAAGCACGACGCGGCCAAAGCAGUGUUCUCCAAAGUUCCAGAGGAUUCAAUGAGAGAAAUCUACUGCCAGUGGUCGGGGCUGAGUCAGACCACACCCUUACCUGCUGAGGAUGAGAACGCCAUCAGAGAACACCUGUGUAUCAGAGCCUACCUGGAAGCUUAUGAAGCCUUCAGUGACUGGUUCAGUCACAUUAGCUCCGCCCCCCAGAAGCCAACACCUGCCCCUGAGGUCAAAUUCACAGUGAAAGUAGCCAAUGAGAUGAGAGAGAAAGAGUACCAGGCGUCUUCGGCAGCCUGGUCUAGCAGUCUGGACGUCCUGACUGAAGACGUGAAAGAAAGAAUCUACAAUGUGCUGCUCUUUGUAGACGGAGGCUGGAUGGUGGACAACAGACAGGACUCAGAACAGCACGCAGAGCGCAGCCACCAGAUGGCGGCGUUGCGUUCGCUGUGUCUGCCAAGACUCAGCUUCCUUCUGCUGAACGUCCUGCAGAACUCUUCCAGACACCAGGAGGCGCUACGACUCGCUGACAUAAUCUCUUCUGACCAGCAUUGCCUAUACCAGGUGUUCUCCAAAGAGGAGCUGAAGAGGUUUCUUCUCAAAUUGAGGGAGUCAUCCCUCGCUCUGUUGGACCAGGGACUUGACCCUCUCGGCUAUGAGUUACAGCCAUGAGGACCCGUGCGUUGUUUGUAUUUUCUAAUAAAUAACAGCCUCUUUUCCUCUA